AACAGCAAAUGCCGCCUGCCGUUAUGACGAGUAUCAGUGUGGAAACGGACAAUGCAUACAACGAGACUGGGUCUGUGAUGGAGACCUAGACUGCAUGGACUGGAGUGACGAGAGGAAUUGCUCUGCAGGAUAUGACAGGGUAACCCAAAAUCCACAAUGGAACUCGAUGUCGAUGACACCCACUUCAAGAUACAACUGGGUAACCCAAAGUCCGAGGAGGUACUGGAUGAGACCCACUUCAAGAUAUGACUGGGUAACCCAAAGUCCGAGGAGGUACUGGUUGAGACCCACUUCAAGAUAUGACUGGGCAACCCAAAGUCCAAGGAGGUACUGGAUGAGACCCACUCAACCAUCAUACACUACAGAUGCAGAUGUCCCAAACCCACUGAUUAGAGUGUACAGACUUGAGGAUAGCCAUGUGGACGAAGUCAUAGUUUCCUGUCAACACCGCGUUACUGUUCGUCAAAACCGACUGCAGCUGAAAGUGAUGAUGGAAAAGAGAAGCUACACCCUGCAAUUCCCCGACUUCAGCAGUGGAACAGAACACCUCUUCAAGAUCAUUGUGUCUUCACCUGCUUUCUUCACAUGUGUUGAGGAACUACCCAACAGAACUCUUCUAAGCGAUGUGUUCACCUUCCGUAAGCGUACGGACACUUCUGGCACACAGAUGUCUCCAUCCUACGAGGUCUAUGCAGGAUUCCUAGGGUUCAUGCUCAUCAUCGUGAUUUCUGUAGUGAUCAUGGCGACACUGUGGAAGAUACACAUAGAGAAACAACGGAACAACCUGACAUUCUGUGUCUCUGAAGACACUGUAAAAGUUUGAUCCUUUAAAACACGCUUUGUUUUUUUUUUCUAUAUUCUUACAUGUAAAUGAUUAAGAAUUGUUUAGCGCUUCAUCUUUUAAUCACAUUUUUAAAUAUACAUACAUUAUACAUAUCCAUUAGGGCAAUGAAACAAGAUCAUGAUUAUAUGCCUGGGCCAGGAGCAUGUAGGAUGCAAGUGAGCUAAAAUAUUCUAUCACUAAAUUAAAUGCCACUGAUUAGCAUUACGUAUUUUUCAUGUUGUACUCAUAUCGUACAGAAGAUAUUGCAUAUACUUACAAGUGAAUGAAAGAGUACAAUGAUAGGCCUACAACUUGUUUGCAUGGCCAUGAUUCUGCUCAUGUGUGUUUUAAAAAUGUAAUAAUUGAUUUAAAUAAUGAGAUAGUGAAAUGUGAUUUUACAUAAUUCAGCUUUACCACCUAAUAAUAAUAAUGAUAAUAAUAAUAAUAAUAAUAAUGAUAAUAAGUUGAACCUUUUAGAUGUCUAGUGUUGAUUUAUGUCAGUUUAUCAAAUAAAUUCUUGCAUACAACAUA